UUGGAAGUCAGACGCUCCUGAUGGACGGCGGUAAUUGUUCCGGGACCGCGGCGGAUGACAGCCCCGCUUCCAGUCCGAGCUCCAGCCCCAGUCCGGACGGUCGGCGCCGGGAGCUCCACCGGGCCGGCGGCAGCUGCAGCAGCGGCCUCAGCGGCAGAGGCCGUCCGGCGGCGGCGAACGCGGCGCGCGAGAGAAGCCGGGUGCAGACUCUGAGGACCGCCUUCCUGGAGCUCCAAAAGACUUUACCGUCGGUGCCGCCGGACACCAAGCUGUCCAAACUGGACGUGUUGAUUCUGGCCACCACGUACAUCGCUCAUCUAACCCGAACCCUCCAGGAGGAAGGCGCGGAGGAGGGAGAGAGCAAACAAACGGAGGCGUUGCACUCCCUGAAAGGUGACGGCUACCUGCACCCAGUAAAGAAAUGGCCCAUGCGAUCCAGACUGUACGUGGGAGCGACUGGGCAGUUCCUGAGCAAUCCUUCAGAAUCAGAGAACCAAGGCCCAUCAUCCUCUACCUCCCAGUAAUCUUUUAUAGAUACGGGAGAAUUAUCUAUAUUAUCUGACUGUAUAUUUCCACUGAAGCCCAACAAUUUGAAAACGAUGUAAAUUAAUUUAUUAUUGUUAUUGUAUAAAAAAAUGCAUGUUUUAGGUUUCUGUGUUGUUGUUUUGGCUCGUUCUGUGUGCAUCCUGCAGCUCCACACAUGUCCCAGGUAUAAUAAUAUUUGCAGAAAAUCCGUGGAGCCCCGUCAUGCAUGAGCUGUGCACUUUGACUGGAGACAUUUGCACUAAAUGCAUGUGUGAAUAAGUUAACAUCUGUCAUGUGAAGUGGUCUGUCAGACAGGCCACAAUGGAAGCUCCUCAUCUCAUGUUCCCUCCGGGUUUUUUUUUACAUGCAUGAUUUGUAAAUGUUUUUUUUUCUUUUUUUAAAAUAAAUUACUGAACAAUACAAAAUGUCUACAAAUGUUUUAAC